UCCUCCUUUGUUUCAAAUUAGUUCUGAAGAAGGAAACAUGUCACUACACUCAAAGUUCCAAGAAAGACAGUUCUGGGGAGCUCUCAAGCUCUUCCGCAAUAUUCUUCUUUGGAACGGACUUCUUCCAGAUGACACCUUGCAGGACCUGGGGCUGAGCAAGCUUCUGAAUCGCUACCUUAUUAUCGCGCUUACUAAUAACGCCUACAUUGGACCAGACGUUGUUAAAAAAUGCAGCCAGAUAGCAGCAUGUCUACCAGAAAGAUGGUUUGAGAACUCUGCUAUGAGGACAUCAAUUCCCCAGCUAGCAAACUUCAUUCAGUUCCUGCUGCAGUCUGCACAUCAACUAUCCACAGGUGAAUUCAGGAAUGAAGUCAGUGAGAUAAUUCUUAUCCUGGUGAAGGUAAAAGCUCUGAAUCAAGCUGAGUCCUUUGUGAAGGAGCAUCACCUGGAGCCCCUCCACCCCGAAUCGCAGGUGUCUGAGCGCAGGGUAUGA